GAGCCUUGCGCACCGCCUGUCUCAAUCUCCUCAUAACCAUACGCUCGCUCGGGUACACCGCACUCAACCUCUCAACUUUCUUCAACAAUGGCCGACCAGCUGUCAGAAGAGCAGAUCUCUGAGUUCAAGGAGGCCUUCUCGCUAUUCGACAAGGAUGGCGAUGGCACGAUCACCACGAAGGAGCUCGGCACAGUCAUGCGCUCGCUCGGGCAGAACCCCACGGAGGCAGAGCUGCAAGACAUGAUUAACGAGGUCGACGCGGAUGGCAACGGGACCAUCGACUUCCCCGAGUUCCUCACCAUGAUGGCGCGCAAGAUGCGCGACACCGACAGCGAGGAGGAGAUUAAGGAGGCCUUCAAGGUCUUCGACAAAGACGGCAACGGCUACAUCAGCGCGGCCGAACUCCGGCACGUCAUGACCAACCUUGGCGAGAAGUUGUCGGACAACGAGGUGGACGAGAUGAUUCGUGAGGCGGAUGUCGAUGGCGACGGCCAGAUUAACUACGAUGAAUUCGUAAAGAUGAUGCUCUCGAAGUGAUCGGACUACACCAUGUCUUCCUUUCCCGUUCACUCACCUUAGUCCUUCCAUCUCUCUCAUCGCUGGCGGUACGAUAGUGCAGUUAUUAAACGAAAUUAUUCAAUGCUCGCUCGUAUUUCGA